UGUUUACAUAUCCGGUGAGUGACGUGCACGCAGACGCCAUCACGCACAGAAACGCGCAGCCGUCACAAAAGCAACUUUAAAUGGAGGCCGCCUGGGCUACAUCCUGCAGCUUUACGCAUCGCAUCUUUCCAUGGUGAGCUGCACACCAGGUCUCACAGAUCAUGGAUCGAGGGUGGUUUAUAGGACGUGAGAGGAUUCCCCAGACAAAAUCUGAGCCGCAGAUGUCCAGCUGCAAUGGUGUCUCAAGGCCCUGCAUGACCAUCAACUUGACUGGGAUGCUUCAAGCAGAUAGACCUAAUGCAACGAAGAAGCCGAUUCCCAUCCGCCCGCCAAGCCCCAGAGUGUCAUCUCUGCUAAGGGACCAAGAGUUCCACCGCAGCUUCUUCUGUGAACCGACGCCAAAACCUAUAAUCCGAAAACGCUCCCACUCCCUGCCAUCCAGCUUAGAGGGGAAGAAACAAUGCAGGAAUGUUGGCGUACGGUUCGUCGACUCCUUGGGGCUCGACCUGGAAGACAUCAGACUUUUCAGAUCUGGAGAGGAUCCAUCGGUGCCGCAUCAUGUCACCUUUAGGUUGCUGAUGGCUGCAGAGUUGGCGGACGGAAGGCUCCUGGAGAUCUCCUUGCCGUACAUGAAGCCGGUUUUCUCCGAGCAACCUGGCGACCAACCAGUAUUCCUGCAACGUCUCUGUGAGCAGAAAGUGUGUCUGGAGAGAGUUUUCUGUUUCGAACUGGGUGUCAUCGGAAUCACCCAGGUCGUCAAUUUGGACUUUGAGAAAGAUGUCACGGCUCGCUUUUCGUUCACAGAGUGGAAGAGCUGCACAGAAACGAAGGCCUCGUGGGUGUCCACCAUCACCAAGGCGUGGGAAGGAGGACGCCAACUCAGUUGUGACACAUUUCGUUUCCACCUUCCUGUUCCUCCGUUCCUGCAGCCAGGAGCAGUGUUAGAGUUUGCCAUUCAGUACAAAGUUGGUGAGGAGGAAUACUGGGACAACAAUGAUGGCGAGAAUUAUAAGUUAGUUUGCCAUAGCUACAAGCUCACUGUGCCGAAAGAAUGUGAGGACAGCAUGGUGCACUUCAUUUAGGCAACUAAAGCAAUACAGAAACCUUUUAGAAGCACUUUAGCAAGAGUAGUUUCAGAUGUAUAACUGCUUUGUCACAUAAUGUUCAUUUUGUUAGGCUAAUGCUAGUAGAGGAUCCCUUUUGGUCAAGUUAGUUGCAAGAUUAACUGUAAAUAAACUUGGUGAAACACUGGUGCACUCACACCUGAUAGUAACUUUACUGCCACUGUUUUACUAUUUUUGAUGCACUAAAAAUUCCUUGCUAUUAAGACUCAAAUUGUACUCUACUGGGGGAACAUCCAGUAGAGUACAGAGUGCUUCAUGAAUAUUCAGUUGAACUGAAAUGACAGCACUUAUGGUUAUUUGACGAAGAAAACAACAACUUUUAUACAAUGCAGAACAAUCCCUGUAAUAGUUUUUUCCUUAAUAUUUUGGGUUCUUGUCAAACCAAAUCUACAAACCAUGCAAUAG